AUGGCAGAGCGGCCGUCUUCGAAAUGGCAGCAUCAGCUCCGUCUUCACCUCCAGUCUGACCGCCUCAAACGUCUCUGGGGCCGCACCUACGGCCAUCUAUCGCGGGUCCACGCACGGAUCCCGUAUCUGCGCAAAGUACCGUUAUCCGCGAUCCUGAUCAUCGCGCUGCUCAUCCUGGUCAACCUGGUAGUGUGGGCGAUCUGCGGGCUCAUCCUGGCGGGCGAGGCGGACACGCACCUCCUGACGACGGCGGCGCUGGCGUACACGCUGGGGCUCCGGCACGCGCUGGACGCGGACCACAUCUCUGCGAUCGACCUGAUGACACGGCGGCUGAUCGCGACCGGCCAGCGGCCCGUCACGGUCGGCACCUUCUUCAGCCUGGGCCAUAGCACGAUCGUGGUGGUGACGUCGAUCGUGGUCGCCGCCACGGCAGCCGGCAUCUCCAGCCGCUUCGACAGCUUCGGCACCGUCGGCGGCAUCAUCGGCACGUCCGUGUCCGCGGCGUUCCUGAUCCUGCUGGGCCUGAUGAACGCGUACAUUUUGUAUAAACUGGUCGUGCAGAUCCGCAAGAUCAUCCGCCUGCAGCCGCACCAGGAGGCCGCGGAGGCGUGGAAGAUCGAGGGCGGCGGAUGUCUGUUUCGUGCGCUAAAGAAGAUGUUUCGUCUGAUCGACCGGCCCUGGAAAAUGUAUCCCCUGGGCGUCAUGUUCGGGUUGGGCUUCGAUACCAGUUCCGAGAUCGCCCUGCUGGGAAUCAGUAGUAUCCAGGGUGCGAGUGGGACCAGUAUGUGGCUGAUUUUGAUUUUCCCCGUCUUGUUCACCGCCGGCAUGUGUCUGGUUGACACGACCGAUGGGGCGUUGAUGAUGAGUUUGUAUGUCGCGCCUAUGGGAUUGGGUGGGGGACGCGAUGAUGAUGAUGAUAAGAAAGAGGAUGGUGUUGACGAGGAGGGUAUUGAUCAGAGGCAGAUACAGCAUCGAGAUGAAGACGGUGAACAUGGCCAAGGCCAGGACAUGCAUCGUGACGAGGACCGACAAUUGUUCGACCGGUAUGACAACGACAACCAACAACAUUCCAACCAGACCAACCGCGAGCAAGGUCUCGCCGCUACUACUAACCCUGUUACCACUACUACCGAACCAUCAGUUCUCGACGAUAUCGAAGGACAGACUCAUUCCAUGCACUCGACGACACCUCCUGUCGCCACGGCUCCAGUCAAGGACCCAUUGACUUUCCUAUACUAUUCCAUCGUGCUGACGACCUUGACUGUGGCCUGCGCCAUCGUCAUCGGCGUCAUUCAACUCCUGACAUUGAUCCUCAACGUGGCCACCCCGACAGGCAGGUUCUGGGACGGCGUCGAGACCGCCGGCGACUACUACGAGGUCAUUGGCGGGUCGAUCUGCGCCAGCUUCCUCGUCUUCGGCGGUCUCAGUGUGUUGUGCUACAAGCCGUGGAGGAGAUGGGUCGACAAGGAAAGACAGAGGCUGAGAAUGACGGAAGAAGAGCGCGGCGGAAGCGAGUUGGAUGACGACCCGUGCCCUUACACACUCGCGAGCUCUGGGCCGGGUGUUUCUCGCUCUUCGAGAAGAAAACAUGAUGUGGAAGAUGAUGAUGACGACGAUGAUGAUGGUGAUGACAGGGACGGCGAUGUUGGCCCGCGCCAUGGAGAUGCAGAACUCAUUGACUUUGACGGGAAGUCGACCGUACAGAGAAUCAGCAUCAAGGCGUACGACGAUGUGGGUGAGAGUGGGACGGCUAGAGCUGGUGGGAGUCGGUCUGGUGGUCAGGCAUAA